AUGUCGUCUUACGAUAACAACCUCCAGCCCAACCACAGCCAUAUCAUCAUCUACCGCACCAGACACCCCUUGCUAACAGCUCCUGCCCCUUAUUUUUGCGACCAGACCUCCGGCCAAGACACCACCACGGGUGGCACCACCUUUCCAGGUGACGAGCAAGUCUCCAAAGAUCAGACCGGGGCCACCGAUUCCAAGAAGGACGAGUCUAAAGACUCUAGUUUCAAGGAUGAGUCCGCGAAGGACCAGAAGCCCGAGGAGACGGAGGCUUCGACUACUACGGCUUAUUCCAAGAAGAAGUACCAGUCUGGUUAA